AUUUGAUCAGUCGGUAGAAUUUCGUGUAGUCCUAUCGCAAUACGUAAUAUUUGGGCAAUUUAUAACAAUUUGGCGACGGAGAUUUUGCAAACAAGUUGCUGACUAGCUAUGGAUCCAGUUAAAUUAGAAGAAUUGUUCAAACAACAGCUGAAGCUGAUGGAGAUGUUUACUCAGACGCAGAUCUCUUCUCGAGUCUCAUGUACACCAACAAUCCCUCAAUCAGUCGACGGUAUUACCAGUGGUAUUUCAGAGUUUCUUUAUGAUCCUGAUGCCAAUAUUAAAUUUGAUACCUGGUUCAUACGUUAUGAAGAUCUUUUUAAAGUCGACCUUGCUGACAGAGAUGAUUCGUGGAAGGUGCGUCUUCUCCUUCGAAAACUUGGUCCAUCAGAGCUUGAUAAGUAUUGCAACUUCAUUCUACCGCAGAACCCACGAGACCGUUCCUUCUAUGCCACUGUUCAAACUCUCAGACAACUUUUUGGUGACCAUCAUUCACUUUUCAAUACUCGCUAUCACUGUUUAAAACUGGUCAUGAACGAGUCCGAUGACUUCCUAACCCAUGUUGGCAUUGUCAACCGUGAGUGCGAACGGUUUAAGCCCAAAUCCCUUACCGACGACCAAUUCAAAUCCCUCGUAUUCAUAUGUAGUCUUCAGUCACCCAAAUUCUCCAACAUCAGAACUCGAUUGCUGAACCGCCUUGAACAAGAUCCAACGCUGACACUCAAUGCAAUCGCCGACGAGUAUCAACGCAUUGUCAACCUGUAGCGUGACACCACUUUGGUCCAAUCUGGGGGCCAGGGUGGUUCCGAAGUUCACGCUGUCCAACGUC